GCUCUGAGGCGGGCACCCCGGAGGCUAGAACUUGCUAGGCAUCCCACUCACACACACACACACACACACACAGAGACACACACACAAACACCACAAGAGCUGUACAGACGAACCAGGAUGACCUUCAAACCUUCGCCGGAGCAGAGCGUUACAACUGUCGCUGCCGUGGAACGGUCGCUGCUGCCUGGCUGCCAUGUCCCCCAACGCUGAGCUUCCCAGAAAGCCUUCAACUGGCGUCAUCCUCCAGUGACCCCGUGGGGCGUUGACAGACAGAGAGAGAGAGAGAGAGAGAGAGAGAGAGAGAGAAGGCAAGCAUCCCGAGAUAGAGGAUGAUGGGCCAGCUACGGGACAUGGAGGACGGGGGGAUAGUGGAGGUCUUCGGCACGGAGGAGCUGGAGUGCAAGAUCUGCUACUGCCCGUAUAGCCUGGGCAGCCGGCGGCCGAAGGUCCUUGAAUGUUGCCACCGCCUGUGUGCCAAGUGCCUUGCCAAGAUCUUAGACCUGGGCGAGUCACCCCCCAACGCCGUGGUGUGCCCGUUCUGCCGCUACGUCACGGGUCUGUCGGGCGAGGACGUGAGCAGCCUGCCGGACGACUGCAAAGUGGUGGCCACGCUGGCCCUCCAGGCCCGGAAUCAGAGGAACCUCCGCUACCCCCACGAGGGCCCCACCGAGCUGCUGCUCAGCCCCAGCCAGCUGAGCUCGCUAAUGGGCAACCAUCCCGGUGACUCGCCUUCCUCCUCCGCCCCCACCGCCACCACCCACACCUACUCCUCCAUCCGCGGCUCGCCCAACUACGUAGUGAUCACCAUCAUGGAACCGCCUCCACCUUCCUCCUCCCAGGACAACAACCGCCACCCGCACCACCCUCUCUUCCACUCUGCUGAAGGGGUCACCAUCCAGGGUCGGGACUACCGCUCGUCCAGCCUGGACUCCAUGGCCUCCAUCACCCAGAGGUGGACAGUGUGGAACUGCGCCGCCCUGCUGUGUCAGACGUCGGCCCGGGCUCUGGUGUGGGUGCUGGGGCUCCUCUACUUCAGUUCUUUGCCCAUGGGUGUCUACCUGCUCAUAAUGCAGAAGACCACCCUGGGGGUCCUUCUGGUCAGCUUGGUCCCGGCAAGCCUCGUCAUGAUAAUGGUCUAUGGCUUCUGCCAGUGUCUCUGUCAAGAGUUCUGGGACUGUAUGUCGCCGUAGCAACCAAAGAAGAAACAUCCCACAGAAUUAGAACGAGUCACGGAAAUUCAAAUGUUCUCCGUGGCAUUGUUACUACUGACAGUGGAAAUUGCCAUCUUGGAUAAUAGAUCGUAUUUUCUUGUUAUUUUUCAACACGCUCAAAUGACUUUGGGAGAUUGUUUGUGCGGACACCAGGUAUAUGAGAUACACGUUUAGAUCAGUGUUUAGUGUUAAGUGUUCUGUCUCAUUUUUAAUAAUUUACUGUUAACAAAAUGGUCCACCAAAUAUCUAAAUAUGUAUAGUUGAAUUAGAAGUCACAGUGUCUUGUUUGCUUUUGUAACCAGAAAAAAAAAUUAUUGUCUUAAGUUUAGCUAAUUUAUCUGCCAAUAAUUGUCAUAGUAGACAUUUAGACAUUUUGUAUUGAAAGCACUUAAAGAUGAAAACAAUGGUCUUACAGAUUUUAACUCUUUGCUAGUCAGUGUAAAAAAUAUAAUUUUUUAUAAUGUGUGUGAAUAAUGUGAGGACACCAAUAAUAUGUUUUCCAUAAAACAUAACCUCCA